GGGCCCCCGCCACCCCACUCUCCGGGUUCAGGGGCGCGCCUGCGCGAUACCGGUCGGCAGACCCCUCCCCCCCUCCCCAGACGCGGAGCGCGGCGGCGCGCGGCAGACGGGGCGCGCGCGGGAUGAGCGCCGGCGGCGAGAGGGCGGAGGCGGCGGCGGUGCCGGUCCCGACCCCGGCCGAGACCACUCGGAGCAAGAAGAAUCGCAAGAAGGGGCGGCGGAAAGGCCGGGAGAGCGGAGUCGCCGGACCUCAGGUCAUCCAGAGUGAGGAGCCCCCGGUUCCACAGCCCGUCACCCCACAACCUUCAGAACUACUGGGAUCUGAUGAUGAGGAGCAGGAAGAUCCCUCAGAUUACUGCAAGGGCGGGUAUUACCCAGUGAAGAUUGGAGACCUGUUUCACGGCCGUUACCAUGUCAUCCGCAAACUGGGCUGGGGCCAUUUCUCUACCGUCUGGCUCUGCUGGGACAUUCACCGGAAACGGUUCCUGGCCUUGAAGGUGGUGAAGAGUGCUCCCCAUUACACGGAGACGGCCCUCGACGAGAUCAAACUGCUGAAAUGUGUCCGUGACAGUGAUCCCAGUGACCCGAACCGGGAGAUGAUUGUGCAGCUGAUCGACGACUUCCGGAUCUCUGGUGUGAACGGUCUCCAUGUCUGCAUGGUGUUUGAGGUGUUGGGUCACCAGCUGCUGAAAUGGAUCAUCAGGUCCAACUACCAGGGUCUGCCCAUCCCCUGUGUGAAGAGCAUCCUCCGGCAGGUACUGCAGGGACUACACUACCUCCACACCAAGUGUAAGAUCAUCCAUACGGAUAUCAAGCCGGAGAACAUCCUGUUGGCUGUGGACGAGGUCUAUGUCAGGCGUCUGGCUGCCGAGGCCACUCUGUGGCAGCAGGCCGGAGCCCCCCCACCCUCGGGCUCCUCAGUCAGCACAGCUCCACAAGAGGUUCAGGCAGGCAGGGUGUCGAAGAACCGUAAGAAGAAACUGCGGAAGAAACAGAAGAGACAACGGCAGCUGCUGGAGGAGCGGCUGCUUCAUCUCCAGCACGUCGAGCAGCUCGAGGAGGCAGCUUCUGUCGGCCUCACUCACCUCCGGCUCCACGGCCUCUUCCCGGGGUUACCCAACUCACGGCUCCACGCCCAGACCGCUGCCGAGGCUCCCGACCAGCCCCCAGGGGGCGAGGGGCCACCACCAGGAACGGGGAAGUCCCCACCCGGCGGUCCGGAGGUGGCGAAAGAGCCGCUGGGCGCCGACGGGUGUGAGCGUGAUCUCCCCGGGGAGAUCCUCAGCCCUCAGCUCCCCUCGUCCCCCGGCUCCGAGGUUUGCAAUGGGUACGUGAGCACCGGCCGCUUCCUCAGCCCCGACUCUGAGGUGUCGGGUUUCUCCAGCUCCCUGCUCUCCACGCAGUCCAGCUCCACGUUCUCCGGGUCGUCCAGCAGCCGGGCCAGGCCCACCCCUGGAUCCCCCUUGGGGGACCACCACCCAGAUUCGUUCAGUGCCUCGGACUUCCUAAUGAACCCGCUGGACCCUCGGAAUGCCGGCAACAUCCGGGUGAAGAUUGCGGACCUGGGAAAUGCCUGUUGGGUGUACAAACACUUUACAGAGGACGUGCAAACACGGCAGUACCGGUCGCUGGAGGUAUUGUUGGGGGCUGGGUACGGGCCACCGGCUGAUAUAUGGAGCACGGCCUGUAUGGCCUUCGAGCUGCUGACGGGUGAUUAUCUGUUUGAGCCACACUCGGGAGAAGAUUACACUCGGGAUGAAGACCACAUCGCUCAUAUGAUCGAGUUGCUGGGCAACAUCCCGGUACAGUUUGCGUUAUCCGGACGGUAUUCCCGGGAAUUCUUCAAUCGCAGGGGAGACCUGCGCCAUAUUAAGCAGUUGAAGCCUUGGCCACUGUACGAGGUUCUGGUGGAGAAGUACGACUGGCCACUCGAGUUGGCCGCUCAGUUCACUCAGUUCCUGCUGCCCAUGCUGGAGUAUGUGCCCGAGCACCGUGCCACCGCCCUUGACUGCCUCCGGCACCCCUGGCUUAGCUCCUGACCAGAGCCGGCUGGGAUGCCCCGGGCUGACAGAGAGAGAGAGCGAGAGCACUGACCCACAGGAACCCCAAACUUUGAAUGUCUCCAACAUGCCUGGCUCAGCUCCUGAACACAGGCUGAGAGAGGAGAAUCUCUGUCCCAGACGGGUACUGGCCUGGAGGGAAUGUCUCCGGGAUCUCAGCUCAACUCUGGAACUGGCCAGGGUACUGCAGGGCAAGAGAGAGGGAAGCACUACCCCCACGGGACCCCCAGCUCAGCUCCUGAGCAACCCAUAACCCCAAACCGAGACAGGGAGGAGAGCACUACCCCCACGGUACCCUCAGCUCAGCUCCUGAUCAACCUGUACACCAAACCGAGACAGGGGAGAGCACUGCCCCAGCAGGAACCCCAGUUCAGCCCAGCUCCUGAGCAACCCAUAACCCCAAACUGAGACAGGGGGGAGAGCACUACCCCCACGGGACCCCCAGCUCAGCUCCUGAUCAACCCAUAACCCCAAACCGAGACAGAGGGAGAGCACUACCCCCACGGGAACCCCAGCUCAGUUCCUGAUCAACCUGUACACCAAACCGAGACAGAGGGAGAGCACUGCCCCAACGGGACCCCCAGCUCAGCUCCUGAUCAACCUGUACACCAAACCGAGACAGAGGGAGAACACUGCCCCAACGGGAACCCCAGCUCAGCUCCUGAUCAACCUGUACACCAAACCGAGACAGAGGGAGAGCACUGCCCCAACGGGACCCCCAGCUCAGCUCCUGAUCAACCUGUACACCAAACCGAGACAGAGGGAGAACACUGCCCCAACAGGAACCCCAGCUCAGCCCAGCUCCUGAGCAACCCAUAACCCCAAGACAAGACAGAAGGAGAGCACCGCCCUGCGGGAACCCCAGCUCAGCUUUCUGAUGCCUGGGGUACCGAGAGAGGGAACACUGCCCCAGCAGGAACCCCAGCUCGGCUUUCUGGCUGCCUAGGGAACACUGCCCCAUGAGAACCUCAGCUCAGCUCCUGAGCCAGCCGUACCCUGGACUGAGACAGAGGGAGAGCACUCUAUCCAUAGCACUCAACUUCCCCCUGCACCCUUUGUUCUGAUCCUGACCCUGGCUGCAUUAUCUGGUACCCAGAGAGUGGGAACACUAUUCCAACAGCAGCCCUGACUUAUUUCACUCCAGUGGCAGCACAGUGUCCCAAUGGGAAUCACAGCCAUUGGCUGUCCAGUGGUCUGGCAACGGGUAGGGUGGGGAGGGUAGAGAUCUGUUCCCUCCCCCUCCUCCCCCUCUCCACCUGACUACAAUGUCCCGGUGCUCUGACCCUGCAGGGCGAGGGGGCUGUGACUUGCAAUACAGCCUAGAGUUAGUGUGGUGGCUCAGUCAGGGGUGGGAAGAAUUCAAGGCCCCCUCCGUGCCUGACUGCAGUGUCCCAGUGCCCUGACCCUGUGGGGGUGGGAGCAGUCUGCCCUGGGCAGGGUGGAGAGUUCCCACAUCGCAUGUACCUCUCACCGGGACUGGCAGCCCGUCUAACUCAUUGUAUGAUAUUUACUUUUCACUGAACUUUCAUUAAAUUAUUGAUCAAC